GGGUGCAGUGGGGCAGCCACAGCUGGCACUCACCCUCCAGAGCACAGCACCGGCAGUGGCACUGGCACGCGCUAUGGCAAACGAAGUGCAAGUCCUGCCCUCCCCGCUGAAAGGGGGGCAUCCUCCUGCAGUGAAAGCUGGAGGAAUGAGGAUUUCCAAAAAACAAGAAAUUGGCAUCUUGGAGAGACACACCAGAAAAACAGGAUUAGAGAAAACAAGUGCCAUUGUAAAUGUUGCUAAAAUACAGACGGCAGAUGCUAUGAAUGACACGCUGGAGAAGGUUCUGAGAUCACAGCUACCAAAGAUGAAGCUCAGCCAUAAAUUUCCAGCAAUAGUGCACAUGACACAUCAAAAACCCAGACCUGCUCUGGAGAAGGUCACCCCAAUGAGAAGGAUCUACAUUAUUCAACAGCCUCGAAAAUGUUAAACUGGAACAUAAAACACCGCCAUCUGGCCAACUGCCUCAAACAUCUGACAGCUUAGCAAAAAGGACCAAGACUUUCCUUAGGCUUCGUGUGCUUGCUCAAUAAAUAAAACAGCUUUUGUAUCUUCUCUUUGGACUUUAGAUAAUAAAGCAUCAGAAAUUAUAAAU